AACCGACGUAACUUUAUUAAUUUUUGAAUUCGAGAACGGCGGGACCGAUCUUGAAUUUAAUACCACGUAUCUCUAUAUGUAUAAGCUGAAUUCGAUUGACCCUUAUUAGAUCGAUUUGGGUUCAAUUUAAGUGAACUUCUUCUGAUCUAGAUCAUUUUUUUGUUGGUGAGGAUGCACUGAUCCAGCCUCAAUCGAACACAGUGUGGUUCACUUAAAUUGAACCAGGAAUCGUAUUUUCGAAUUCAGUCGAGUACAUUUCGUAUACGAAAUUUGAUUGACAGCAAUGUUAAUUAAAUUCGAAAUCGUAUCAAAUUUCGUAUGCGAGAAUACUCGAAAAUACGACCCCAGAUCGAUCUAAUCCGGUCAAUCGAAUUCGACUAUAGAGGAGAGUGGUAUAGGCUAUUUUUUAUCCCGAAAAAAAAGUUCGGUUGCGCGAAACUCUGAUACACUGGAAUGCCUAUAAACAGCCCGGGGCGCUCUAGAGCAGCUCUGGAGUGCCUAAAAUGCGUCACUGAACUCACUGGCAAGCAACUCUGGUAUCGGACAAAAAAAAAAAAAGAUUAAAUAGAAAAUCAACAACAAAAUUUGAAAAAAAGUGUAGUGUCACGAUAUCGUCCGCCAGACUGUCAAGAAUCGACGGAGAAAAUACUCGAAUCUAGCGAAUUAUUCUACUAUAAUCGAGAAAUAACAUUAUCGUGUGUGUUCUAGAUUUUACAGGAAUAGAUUUAGGGAUAUAUAUAAGGACGGGUGUUAGCUUGCAAGUUAAGUUAAAGUUUGACUGUGAUACGAGUUAAAUAGUGAUUAUUGAGUUGUAAAGUUUAAUUGUUGAGUUAGUUAUUAAAGUAAUUAGUGUCAGAGUGUAUUGUUAAGUGGAAUAAAUUAUUGCUGUGUUAAUCGGACUUUGAUUUUUGGAAUAAACGAAACGAACGACGAACCCAGGAUUUCUGUCAGCAGGCAACACAAAGCCACGACAGUAUUAUAUCAAAAUGUAUUUUCACGCUGGCAACGCAGCGGGUCAUUAGUUAGUUACAAAUAAAAUCUAUCUGCAAGUUUUAUGCAACAUUGAGAAAAUGUAUGUUUCUUAUUCCAAAGUUUAUGUUGAAAUAUUUAGGUAAUGUUUUUUAUUCUUGAAAUUGUUAACGUAGGCAUGUAAAGGUAUCUGCAACAUUACAGCGACAGUUUUAAGAAAAGUUGAGCUUAUAAUAUUUAUGCAACCAUUUAUUUUAUUAUAUUUUUUAAAUGUUACAAACGUAAAUAUUUCCGCAACAUUGAAGCGACAGAGUUAAGGAAAGUUACAUUUUAUAACAUUGUUAUAAUAUUUGCUUUACUUACAUUUUAUAAUGUUUCGAAUGUAAUCCAUUAUUGUAUCUACUGCAACAUUUACUUGAUAACUAAAACGAAUGUUUCUCUAUUGAAGUUAUAUCAAAUUUAUAUCCUUUUACAUUGGAUAAGUAAUAUUUUAGAAAGCUUAUCGUCACAUUACCUAAUAAAUUUUCUAAAGCAAGGUCAAUACAAUAUUGCCGACAAAUUUUGCAACAUUACAUGUUUAGUGGGUAACUGGGCACCAGUAGGUCACAGAAUAGAAAUAGUGGGCAAAAUCUGAGAGAGCCCUGCUAUAUCCAGAGAAUAGAGAACGGCUAGGAAGAAGAGAAGCAGAUGAGAUUGUGAAGUUCUGGACACUGCCAGAAUACAAAAUACGCGUAUAGGUAUUUGUACCCUGCUGUAAGACAAUGAAGAGAAACCGAAUUCUCAUUUACUGGAUGCUGCACUAGUUACAGACCGGUUACAACCUGAUCAGAAUCGUUCUUAAACUAGCGCAACAUCUCAUAAAUGAGAAUUCGAAUAUCCACACGGUCCACACGUAUGAUUUGUGAUCAGGUUCAGAAUCAUUACUAGAUUGUUGUUAUAGUGGUGAUCUAAUUUCAGGCUUAGAAAAAUAAUGAUUCUUUCAUUGAAACUUGCAAAUUCGUUCUUUGAAACGACGCUAAGUGUGUACGCUACUGUCGGGCGCCUAAAUUCACAGGCAGAGAUAACACAGCACGUGUUGAAGAAAGACGCAAACCCACUACUACUAUUUUUCGACGUGUUUUACAUUGAAAAGGAAACUCCGUGAGCAUUUCGCUCGCCGCGCCGCGCCGUGCUAUUGCAUGGUGCCUUUCGAAUAAAAUUCAUUCAAUAAAUUAAUUUUUUAAUAAAUAAAAUUGAUUCGGUAAAAAUGUUACUUAAACUAGUGGUGAUUUUUCUAAGUGUUUACGGUACGAUGGCCCAAAAAGAACAUCAAGACUGGGAAAUAGCAGUAGUGAUAAACGACAAAAUUGAAUUGCUCCAAGCCAACGGUACACUAUUGGGCUCAACUGUAGAACAAUUUACAACUUUGAAAGCUUUAACGUUCGAUAAUAUCAGGCACUUAUUCGUGGUGAGCGAUAUGGAUCAAGGCAACGACACCAUUUUCACUGUCCAACUUACCAAAGAGACUGAAAUCACACCAAUUAUCCCAGAUCUUCCUGAUGACGUACAGGGCUUAGCUAUAGAUCCAAUUGAAGACAUCUUGUAUUGGACUGAUUCUGUUAAUAAAACUAUAAAUUAUGUUUAUUUGAAUGAUUCACUGUUUGAGCCCAAAUUGCUAUUCCAGUUCACAGACGUCACUCCACAAGAUAUUGCUAUUGAUGUCUGUAGAAGAUUCAUUUAUUGGACAAACUCGGACACCUACCAUCCAACCAUUGAAAGGGCCUUCCUAAACGGUUCAAAUCGUGAAAUUUUAAUCGAUUCUGAUCUUAGAAUAGUGUCAGGCAUUGCAAUCGACUAUAAAAGUCAACGUUUGUACUGGGCCGAUAUGAGAGAGGGAAUCUAUUAUAGAAUCGAGAGUGCCAAUUUGGAUGGCGGAGAAAGGGAGAUUAUCUUUGAGGGCACUCACAGCAAGCCUUUCGGUAUUGCUGUUGAUGAAUCGUCGAUUUAUUGGACUGAUAUUAAUAAUAAUGCUUUAUGGAGGUAUUUCAAAUCAGACAAAGGCGAUUCAGAACCAGUAAAAAUAAGAGAAUUCCCUGAACGACCAAUGGGAAUAAUAGCCAAAAACAUCCAAAUCAAAAACUACCCUGAUUGCAAAGAACUAGAAUCCGUAUACGAAAACUACAAAGGAGAUCAAAAAGAAGUUUACCAACCCGAAACCUCCGGAGAAAAUAUUAUUGAAUGUUUGAAUGGUGGCCAGCUAGCAGGCAACUUUUGCAAAUGCAAGCGAGGCUACACCGGCCGCUUUUGUGAAACCCAAAACUGUCACAAUUUUUGCAUUCACGGUUCCUGCCACUUAUCCUCGAAAGGUUACCCACAGUGCCACUGUCCUCGUGGAUUUGGUGGUACCAGAUGCGAAGUUAACCGGUGCGAAGAUUUUUGUUUGAACGGAGGAACUUGUAAUUAUUUUAGAGGCGAUGUGGUUCCAAGUUGUGACUGCACCCAACACUAUACAGGCAGCCGAUGUGAAAUAAGUACAGAUUUUAAUAGUCUUUGUAACAUGUAUUGUCACGAGAGCACUAGCAAAAAUGACUAUUUAGUGUCGAAGAAUAGGGAUUUGGUGUGCAGAUGUGAAGCUGAAGGUUUUGUUAUUUCUAAAAACAAUCUCACAGUGCCUGCUUUGUAUUCGGAAGACUCGCCGUUCUAUGGCAAGAGUUUUAUGGAAAAAUUCAGCUCAGAUAGUGACUAUGCCACUUUGGUACUUCUACUAGGUUUCUGUCUAGUUAUAAUAAUUGCCUUAGGAGUCUACCAAUUUGCAAGCAGAAAUAAACGGCCUAUAAUCAAGAAGAGGGUGAUUGUUAAUAAAAACGUAACACCGUUAACUUAUCGUCCACAGCCUACCACGGAACAGUGCGAAAUUACAAUAGAGAAUUGUUGUAAUAUGAAUGUGUGCGAAACUCCUUGUUUUGAACCAUCAGGUUUUCGAUCCAAGAACAAAGAAGACAAAAAGAUUCUUCUAGCAGAUAUGGAUAACGGGGAGGAAUCGUAUUGAAAAGUUCUUUCUGUGCAUGAUGUAGGCUGUGAACAUAAAGUAUUAGGUCUGUUCAUUAAAUGGCCCAAUUAUGGUAGUAACUUAUUGUUGUUGAAGAUACAAAAAAACAAAAAUAAUUUACAAUUUUAGUAAAUUGAAUUAAAUGGGGCAUUAAUGAACAGAUAGAAAGUUGUUAAGUUUGUGAAAUAAUAUUUAUAUACAAUCGCGAGAAAUCUUAUGAAUUUCAACAUUUUGAGCUGAAAAGGGUUGAAGAUGCAAUUGAAAGUUAAUUUUGGCAGCCUUUAAAAAUCUUAACUCAAACAAAAUUGAAAAAAUUUCAUCCAGUCAGUUGAUAUUUUUUCAAAUUAAUUGUAACUUUUGCAUUUUUGUCUUCUAUCAGCAUUAUUGUCUCUGUCAAAUAAGACAUUACCUUAUAAUAAUUAUUGCAUUUCAAUCAUCAAAUAAUAAGGUUCUCUAUAUUUUGCUGAUUUAGACUCCAUGACAUAAAAGCUUUUAAAUGAAAUAUUUAUGUUUCCAUAUUAAAGGGUAAUACUAUCAAUUCCAGAAUACCUACCCAUUGACAUGAGCCCAUCAUAUUAUGCUGAUCAUGUUUCAAAGAAAAAAUAAUCUUGAAGCCAAUUCUUAUCAGAUUGAUAUCACUAAGCUUCAUAAGAUGUACAAGUCUGAAGUUCCUUUUUAUUUAAUUAAAUUAUUUGUUUUAUUCCAAAUUAUUUCUUUGAUUAAGAAAUACCUAUCUACCAAUAAAAUAACAAAUAUUUAUUUAUUGGGUUUGAGCGGCUACACCCUCAACAAUCAUAUAUUUACUAUAAAAAAUCUCGAAAAAAUAAUUCAAUAAAAACAAUCUCCCAAAUCACUGCCCUUUCAAUAAAGCAAAUUGAAUUCAAGAAAGAUUUUUUAAAGUACCUACUUAUGUCCUUCGACCAGUUUUAUGGUUAAACAAUAGGAAAUUAAGAGCAUUUUAUCAUCCAAAGACUGUUCUCACACUCUGGCAAAACCAGUAAUACUUUUAUAAUAUUCAAUUUGAUUGAUGAUUUUUAUGAAGGGGCAACAUAGCGCCAGUGUGUGAUAACAUCUUAAGUCAUUAUUUUGUCUGUAAUAAUAUUCUUGACUCGGUUUUUAAUUUAUUCGUUGACUUUUUAAAAUACCUCCUAUGGGCGAGUGAAAGCCAUCAGUUUUUUAUCCCUCUUUGGAUAUGGUUUUAACUUAAUUUUAUCAGUACUCUUAUAUUUUGUACUUAUUACAUAAAUUGCGGUGUACUUAUCCAGAGGCAUUUUUAUAUUAAAAGCCUAAUAUAAUCCAGUUGCUUUCCAGCCUAAGUUUUAUUGAUUACAUAUUGUUUUCUCGAAAUUUUUAAUUUAUUACCUACUUUAGUAAAUUUUUUUUAGUUUGUAGCUAGUUGAAAUGAUUAGUUAAUUAUUUAAAAUUUGUGGCUCUUAAUAUCCACGUGAGAAAUGUGAUAUUAUCAGACAAUUAUUGUAAAGUUUUAUAUAAAUUAAUAGUUAAAAAAUUGA